UUUCUCUAUGAAUAUAGUUCCUCUGGCUGCCGCAAGACACUGCUACUGCGCCACCCAGAAGCACACUGCCCUCUGUUGUACAAAGCGAGAAUUACGCCGUCGACUGUCUAUCGGUGGAGGAUUGUGUCUGUGUUUUCCUGGAUUUGUCGUUAGAAAAUGAAGCUUACGUCUUUAAUCCUGUUCUGUCUAGUUGCCCGUGCUUAUGGGACCGAAAAGAUCUUUAUUCCACUCGCUCCUGAGUCUGUAAAGUUUAUCUCGAGCCAAACCAUCAAGUCGUCACAGCUAGGCGAUGUUGUGUCAAGCAUGCUUGGUUUUGCAGUAAAGCCGGAGGACCCUUGGAACAGCCUGUCUCCUAUGAAUCCGUUCAAAGUUCCCAAGACCACCAUUGUGCUGGACUUUGAUGGCUUUGACGGAGACACGACCCUCGAUGUGCCGGGACACAGUUUCCCCCUGGACAAUGAUGCAAGCAUGCAGAAACAGUUGGAGCUGCUUUCUGAAAGAACCUUGGAGAGGUUCUCAGAUCAAGAGCCAGUGGUUGUUUACAUGAAGACUGGAGAUAAGCUAUACGGAGCCAAGAUGGCUUACCCAGAGCUGCUGCUCCCGGUGUCUCCGGAGGUGGACAGCCGUCUCAAGGAUGCCGUCAAGGACGCUGACCUGGUGAAGCUCCUUCGCGACGGCACCUUCAACGCCUCCCUUCCCGGGGACGACCUCUUCCUCGUGGAGCUGCACACCGCCAGGCUCGUCAUUGAUCAGUUGGCCAAGAAGGCUUCCAAGGGCAGUGCCCCCAGCGUGGUGUGGCUUAGGCUAAGCGGCCUCAGGCACAUUGUGGACCGCUACACGGACGAGUCGUACCAGGCGUCGCACGCUCUCCGACUCAUCCGCGAGCUCGUCGAAAGGACCAAAAAAAUGCUGAAGGAGAACUAUGGCCAGAAGGCACUGCUGCUGGUCGUCACGCAAAACGACAGGUCAUUGGGGCUUGUCAGGAGGUCGAGGUCCCUCUUGGCCGAGCCAGAACCCGCAAAGGAACCACUGAUGGCCGCGGAGGACACCUGGAACCUCGCCUAUCCCUGGAACGAGGACUUCCACGUGGCCUUCGUCAUCAUCGCCUUCCUGGUGAUUCUGAUGGCCCUGUCCAUCUUCGGCAUCAGCGUGGGACUCUGGUUCAUGGACCCUGGCCGGGACUCCAUCAUCUACCGCAUGACCUCUCAGCGAAUGAAGAAAGACUGAGCGCGAGCUUUGUUUCAUAGUAGGCUCGGUGGAAUCGAAAGACUGGCGUCACUGCCAAGAACAGUUUUUUGUUUAUAUUGCAGAUUUUGUUGGAAACGUUUUGUGUGUCUGUCGUCGUAGUUGAAGGUGCGAUAAAUUACUUAUCUGUUCUCGUGUCCUUUCUGAGACACCCCCUGGAAA